AUGCCGUUAACCCCAUUUACAUUACAGAAAUUAAUAAGUGACCUUGCUCUCGAAGACACCCAACAACAGUCUGCCACGUCUUCGCAAACUACUAAUCCCGCCCCCUCUUCAAUUUCACUCUUUCAUCGCCGUGCAAACGUUAUUUCUAGCGGCACAGGAAGUGGCACGCGUUUUGGCAGUGGCAUAGGCUGGGGUUCUAGGGAUAACCGUGUUACUGUGGAAACUGUUGAGGCUUGGGAUUCCACGUUAUCAUUCUAUACACUUCCAGAGAUGUCACCCUUGCCUGUUAGCGCAUUUCCUCAUAUCAAAGGUGUCACAUGUUUCACGCAUGAUCUCGCAAAAGAAGGACAAACGGAAAUUGACGGUUCCGUAAAACUAUGUGUACUGAAAAAACGCGCAAUUCACGAAUUUUCAUUGCUUGAAAAUUUAGUAGAAAGUUCGGAGAACAUACCAUUACCGAAUGUGGAAUUGGGUACCGUUUGUUGUCAGUAUGGUGCUUCUUUGUAUAUUGCUGAUAACACGAAUUAUUAUAGACUCGUCGAUCUUCAAUGUAAGCGCAUGAUCGAUUUGAUAACACCUCAGCCCCCGGAGCGUGGCUCGAUAUACGGGACUGGAACAUUUAAACCAAUAGUGACUGUUGUAGAAAAAGGAGAAUUUUUGUUGAAUACUAUAAUUGGUCAAUUUAUGUCUUCGACUGGUGAACCUGUUCGUGGAACAUUACAAUGGACAAGUUUUCCAAGAUCAAUAGGAGUUGAAUAUCCAUACGUUGUAGCAUUGCUUCGUAACAAUACGAUAGAGAUACAUAAUGUGGUGGAUCAAAGUUUAGUGCAAACUGUACAACUGGAUCCUGCUGAGGCACGAACUAUAUCGCAAGGGCCGGGAAUUAAAGUAUGGGUAUCUGCGUUACUUGAACGAUUAAGAUGGGAAAAUGGAUUUGCUUUUAAAGAUGAUGAUGAUUCUCAUGUUUCUGAAGGAGAGAAUGAACCUGCUUUGAACUCGAGAAUGAAUGAUGAUGAUUCUCAUGUUUCUGAAGGAGAGAAUGAACCUGCUUUGAACUCGAGAAAAGAUGAUGAUGAUUCAAAAGUAAAUUCAAAAAAUUUACCAUCAAUUCCUGAAAUACCUCAAUUGGACUCCAUCGCAACAGUACCAACUCGAAUAAUAAUAGCAGCACGAGAUUCUAUAUUGGCUUUAGCGCCAUCACCUCUAAUUCUUCAGGUUGAUUCAUUGCUGGAUGCUAAUCGUAUAGAAGAGGGGUUGGCACAUGCUGAUCAAGCUAUGACAAGACUUGCAGAUAACGUGCAUCGAGAAAGAAUGCAACACGAAUUAGAUUAUAUUUAUCAAAAAUCUGGAUUCAUGUUCAUUUCGUUGACUUUGUUUGAUCUUGCAUGUGAUUAUCUUGAUCGUGGACAUACCGAUCCUAGAGUAGUUAUUGGGCUAUUUCCGGAUUUGAAGCAUUUGGUUAAUGAAGAUUUUAGUUUACAUGUUUAUGCAGGCGUUAAAUCUGUUUUAGAUAAAUUAGGCAGCAUUGACGAUGUUGUAUUUCAAAGCUUGAUCAAAAAUUAUGAACCACAUAUAAAACCUGACAUCCAGUCAUCACCAGCAACUCAAGGGCUCCGUAAGCAAUUAUUAACCCAUGCGAAUGAAAUGCUGCAAAAAUAUUUAGCCCAAGAUCGGCAAAAACGCAAAUCAAGUAAAAGUCCACUUGAUCGUAAUAUCCUAAAGUCGGUGGAUAAUGCUCUUGUACGAUUAUAUGCUACUUCAGAUUCAAGAAAACCUUUGAUUUCAUUGUUGCAAGAUGAGAACGAAUGUACAUUGGAAGAUUGCGAAUUUGUUUUAAAAAAUCAUGGAAAAUAUUAUGCACUUUCCCUUUUAUAUAAAAAUAAAAAACAAUAUGCAAAAACAUUGAAAAUUUGGCAACAAAUGAUAGAAGAUGGGAAACCGGAUCCUGAUUUCGAAAAUGGUUUAAAGCAGAUGACAGAACUUUUAACACAGAUAGAUGACUCGGAUUUGGUAUGGGAAUACGCGAGCUGGGUCAUAUCCAAGGAUCAAGUAUUAGGAGCUCAGAUAUUUAUUAGACCGAAUUCGCGAAAACCUCACAUCGUAGAGCCAAAGAAAGUCAUCGAAGCGCUGGGUUCUGUAGGCUACGAAGGCUUGACAAAUUAUUUAGAAUAUUUAAUUUUGCGACGGAAAAGCGAGGAAGAAUCGCAUCACACGAAACUUUUAUUGUUGUAUAUUGAAGCAAUUCUGCGUGAAUUAGAAAAGGAAGAAGAUAAAGCCAAACUAGUAAAAUUAACAAAAGAGUUUCAAUCUAUAAACAAAAAUUUCUCGAUAACAUAUAUAUCAUUUUUAUCAAAUCGACCACCAGACGAUAGAAUAUCUCACGCACGACUCAAAGCUAUAAUGUUUAUGCAGCAAUCAACACGCUACGAAGAUAAAGUCGUCCUAGAAAAAUUACUUGAAUCCAAGCAAGAUUUAUAUCCGGAGUUAGCCAUAGUUUACGGAAAAUUAAACGAACACGAGAAAUCACUGCAUAUAUUGGUUGAUCAAUUGAAAGAUUAUCGUGGCGCCGAAACUUUUUGUCUAUACGCUGGUCGAAUGAUUGGCAUGAAUGAGAAAACUUCUGUAUUAUUAUCGCCUGCUGCGUUAAAGCGACAAACUCAGGACAAUCAACGAAUAUUGGAAGAUAAAAGUUUGAUAGGAUUACGACGAGCUUUGUUUUUAAAAUUGCUUAAAGUUUAUUUAGAGAUGAAGAACGGAGAUCAUUCCGUUGAUCAGAUUAUUAUUCUGUUGAAUAAGCAUGCUGGUUAUAUGAACAUUGUUGAGGUUCUUGGGUUAUUACCAGAAGUAUGGUCAAUUGAGAUGUUGAGUGACUUUCUAAUACGUUCACUUCGACAAAGUUAUCAUGAUUACCGCGAGUCGCAAAUUUUGAAAGGGUUAACCCGCGGCGAGAAUAUGAUGGUAAACUCCGAACUUUACAAAGCCUACGAAGAAAUUGGUCCUAUUGUCAUCACACCCGAUUUACCAUGCGCCUCAUGCGAUAAAGUUAUAAACGAAUCCAUGUUUAUGCGACAGCCUAAUAAAGAUAUUGUCCAUUUACAUUGUGGACAUAAAAAUAACGAUAGUGGUAGUAGGGCUGAAGUACCAGUAGAAACAGAGUAA